UAAAACAUACCAACUUAAGACAACUCUCAAACAGUUCAAACUUGUUAUCAUACGGCACUGUCCAUUCGAGUGUUUCGCAUAGCAGAAUUCGUCUGCAGCAAAAAUGGCAACCAAAACUCUCAAGUACUAUUACGAUCUACUCUCCCAACCGUCGCGUGCUUUGUACAUCCUGUUGGAACAGACAAAAAUCCCACAUCAGAAGUGUCCUGUUGCGCUGAGAAAAUUUGAAAACAAAUCACAGGAGUUCAUAGAAAAUGUGAACCGUUUUGGCAAAGUGCCCUGCAUAGUUCAUGGUGAUUUUAAGCUAGCGGAAAAUAUCGCUAUCUUUCGCUACCUGGAGCGAGAGUUUGGAUUCGGAGACCAAAAGCUGUCCUGGUACCCGCAGGAUCGCACGGCACGUGCCCGAGUGGACGAGUAUCUCGAGUGGCAACAUGCUGAAAUCCGAGCGCAGUGCGCACAGUACUUUCUUUACGUCUGGAUAAGGCCACUGGUUGGCCUUGAACUGGAUGCAGCGAAAGUCGACCGUUUGAAGCAGAAAAUGAUGGACUGUCUGGAUGUGUUCGAAAAAGAAUGGCUCGAGGGUGGACGGAAACCUUUCCUAGCAGGGGACAAGGUGAGCUACGCUGAUGUUCUGGCUGCUUGUGAAAUUGAACAACCGAAGCUGGCCGGGUUUGAUCCGCGUGUUGGCCGGCCCAAUCUGACGGCUUGGCUGGAUCGUGUACGAGCUCAGACCAAUCCUCACUACGACGAGGCGCACAAGAUUGCCUACAAGUUCACUCCGAAAGAGAUCCCGACGCCGAAGGUUGACUGAUGAUUUUUACCUAAAAAUAAAAAUUUUCUUGUUUGUAUAACGAGUA